AUGGAGGAGGCAGGUGAGCCCCUGGCUCCAGUCGAGGCCCGAGUGGUAAGUGCCACACUGACAUGGCGACAGCGGCCCCCUGCCCAGGACGAGAUCAGACACCGUUUUCACAAGGUGUCCCUGGUGUCAGGGGCCCAGAUGGAAGCCCCCCAGGAGGAGAUGCUUGAGUAUAGCCACCGUGGAGAGGAAGUCAAUGGCUUUGCUACCCGGGAAGAAGAGACUGCCAAUUACCAGGACCCUCGGGAUGGGGUUGACUCCAGGAACUUCCAGAGCCAUGGGCCCAUCUUUUCCAAGAAGUAUACACCACCCCCCAAGGAGAAAAGGCCAGUGGGGAAGCUGCAGGAGACUGUAGACCACGCUGAUGGCAGCCCCCAAGCUCCCAGGACUGAGCCACCAGGCUUGGGAACCAGGGCCAGGACUGAGCUCUUAGUGCCGCUGCCUGGGCCCCGUGAGCCGAGCCCCCACCCAGGUGUGGGUCUCCCCCGUGGGAGCUCCUGGAGCCGCGAGGAACGGCGAGUGACACGUACUGUGCGGACCACCACGGUGGUGGGAGGGCAUGUGGAGCAAUGGGCGAGCAGCUCUGUGACCAUAGGGCCAACACUCUUGAGUGAGGCCCUGCCAAGGGGCCGCAAUGUUGCUCGCACAGUGCGAACAGUGGUGGUGGGCCCCCGGGCUGAGGGCUCGCCCAGCCGCAGCCAGGCCGUGGAGCUGCUGAGUAGCCUUGUGCCCACGGAGCGCAGCACCCCUGCCAGCCGCCUCCCCAGGCCCAUGGUUGUCAUGCCAAGGAGCCCGGGUGUGAGUGGCACAGGAGGAGCAGACCUGGGACAGCUGCCUGAGACUGGGACAACAGAGCUAAAGGACAGCUCUGUCCGAGCUCCUGCAGGCACCCCAGCAGGUGCUCACCCACCUCAGAACCAGGAUGACCCUGCAGCCCACGCAGAUGAAGACCAGGGCAGAGCCCUGGAUGCCAGGGCCUGUGAGCCCCCGAGGAUUCAGGGAGCCCCUAGCCCCACUCAGCUCCCUCUCCAGACUUCUUGGGACCAAGCACCAGUACCCUCCUCUCCCAGACUCCAGACCCAUCAUGCCCCCUCUCUGGGCCCAGUCCACCCCCCAGAGCAGUCUGUGAUGCCCACUUACCCCAGGGCCCAGCCAACUCCCCAUGUCCUGCCCCCAAUAAAAAGGGAAGGGCUCACAGAUCCCCCUGCUGCCACCACCCUGCCUGUGGUGAGGAUCAAGGUUGUUACAGUCCCUGGACAACCUCUUGUCCUAUCCUCUGCAAAAAGGAAGGCUGACCCCAGCCCAGGAGGUCUUCCUGCUCCAUCCUUCCCAGAGAAUAACUUCGUUCAGGACUCUGAAAAUGUCUCUAUCUCCUCCCUUACUCAGAAAGAGGUUGUGCAGGGCCCUGGUGCUCCUACCGACCCAUCCCCCACCCACAGAGAGGUUGUGCAGGGACCUGGUGCUCCUACCGACCCAUGCUCCACCCAGAAAGAGGUUGUGCAGGGACCUGGUGCUCCUACCGACCCAUCCCCCAAACCAGCAAGGGUUGUGCAGGGUCCAGAAGGCAGCCCUAGCACCCCAAAAGAGGUUGUCCAGGGCACUGAAGGCAGCCUUGCUCCUUCUCCCUCCAUAGAAGAGACUGUGCAAGGCUCAAGUGCCCCUGCACCCCCGUUCCCCAAACAGGAUAAGGUAGUCCAGGGCUCAGGUGCUUCUGCUGCCCCAUUUUCUACCCAGAAGGUGGUUGUCCAGGGCCCUGCUAUUCUCCUUGCCCCAGCCUCCUCAGUGGACAAGGUGUCCCCCAGUCCAGGAGGCACCCCUGCCCCAGGGCCAACUGGAGCAGAGGCUGGGAUGGAGUCUCAGCUGGUCCCUGACUCCACUGAGGGCAAGAUGCUUCCACAGUCAUCAAGGGAGGAGGAUGAGGUGGCCCUGGCUGCUGACCUGGAGAUUUUCCUGGAUACCCUGCGGAGCAUGGAGCCCCCUGAGAUCCUCCGCACUCACCGGCUGCCACGAGCUCCCCGCUCGUCCUACCUGGCCAUGUAUGCCACACUGCCUGCCAUCGAGGAGGACCAGCCCGGGCCGUGGCUGCUGGGACCCAGCCCCCAGGAGGUGCCUGCCCUGGCAGAGGAGGAGGAGGAAGAGGAGUCUGAGGAAGAAGAGCCAGAGAACCCCUAUCUGAGUGAUGAUGAGAAGCUCCAGCGCAGGCAGGAGAAAGCUGGGCCCAGCCCCUCCUGGGACUUCCGCCCGGCCAGGCCCAGCCAGGUCUCUUGCUCUCCUCUGCAGAUGAUGAAGAAGCACGUCGCAGGUGCCCAGGGUCCCCAACCAGAGCCGGGGCCGGAACUACCUGUGGGCAGCAGGCACACUUCCCGUCUCGGAGGUAGCCUUCUUUUUGGUGGUCUGGCACCCGCCACUAAGGAGGCCCCCGCCCUGGAACCACUGGGUGCAAAACUAUCUGCUCUGCCACCUCAUGGGGCACCAGGGCUCAGGAAGGUGCCAGGACAGUUGCCCCUGCUGUGCAGUGAAAGGCGGCUGCCAGAGAAGCCUGAACGUGCCCAGCCCCCAGCCCUGGAGGGGUGGAGCCCAGCACUGAAGACCCAGGGCAAGCUGAACACCAGGCCCGGAAAGGUGGUCCUCUUCUCGGAGCCCGGCUGCCAAGGCAGCAGCAGGGAGGUCUGGGAAGACGUUGCUGAUGCCUCAGGCUGGGCCCUCGUAGCCUCCAUAAGGGUGGUGCGAGGCUGCUGGGUGCUAUACGAAGAGCCGGAGUUCCAGGGCCAGAAGCUGGUCCUCCCUGAAGGAGAUGUGGAGCUCGGAGCCACGGGGCCAGCGUGGAGUACCCAAGGCAUUGGCUCCCUGAGGAGGGUUGUCCGGGACUACAGCAUCCCGGAGAUCCUUCUGUUCUCUGAGAAGGGCUUCGAGGGGGACCAAGUGAAGCUAACUGGGGCCCUGAAGGACCCCAAGGGCCUGGAGAGGCCCCUGAAGGUGGCGUCUGUCACUGUCUCUGCAGGAUUGUGGCUGUUGUACCCCAAACCGUUCUUUGAAGACACCCCCUUCAUCCUGGAACCUGGAGAGUACCCCACCUUGGAGGCCUGGGGUACAUCGGAUCCCACUGUGGGCUCCCUGAAGCCCAUGAGAUUGGGCUGCCCAAGUGUGGAGAAGCCAGGGGAGCCCAAGGCUGUGGUGUAUGAGGCCCCACACUUUCAGGGCCAGAGCUGGGAAGUGAGCAGAGACAUCUACAACCUGCAGCAACCAGAGGACAGCCAGAGCCCCCACCUGGCCUCUGUCGGGUCCCUGCGAGUUCUAGGAGGCUGCUGGGUGGGCUACGAGAAGGAAGGCUUCCGGGGCCACCAGUAUUUGCUGGAAGAGGGGGAAUAUGCCGACUGGUCACACUGGGGAGGCUAUGACGAAUUGCUGACCUCCUUACGGGUCAUCCGGACGGACUUCGGGGACCCGGCCGUGGUGCUGUUUGAAGCCAUGGACUUCGAGGGGCACGGCGUGGAGGUGAGCAAGGCAUUGCCGGACGUGGAGCUGGUGCGACACGGCCCCAGCACGCAGGCCAUCCACGUGCUCAGCGGCGUGUGGGUGGCCUAUCAGGAGGUGGGCUUCUCUGGGGAGCAGUACGUGCUGGAGAAGGGCGUGUACCGUAACUGCGACGACUGGGGCGCAGGCAACAGCGCCCUCGCCNCGGGGCCUUGCUUCCUUAAGUCGCGAAACUUUGGUCCUUCCCUUCAGGUCGGGGAGCAUGAUCUGCACUUUGUCUCAAAGAUCCAGCUUUUCUCCGGCCCCGACUUCCUGGGCGAGCAUAUCGCCUUCGAGGAUGACCAGGCCUUUCUGGACGCCUCCUUCCAGCCCCAGUCCUGCCGUGUCCACGGCGGCAGCUGGAUCCUCUUUGAUGAGAAGAACUUUGAGGGUGACCAGCACAUUCUCUCUGAGGGCGAGUUCCCCACUCUCACGGCGAUGGGCUGCCUAUCCUCCACGAUCCUGGGCUCUCUCCGGAAGGUACCACUGCACUUUUCGCAGCCCUCCAUUUUCCUGUACGGACUGGAGUGCUUUGAGGGGAAGGAGAUCGAGCUCAGUGGGGAGGUGCGGAGCCUGCAAGCCGAGGGCUUCAACAACCACGUGCUGUCCGUGCGGAUCAAGGGGGGCGUCUGGGUGCUGUGUGAGCACAGCGACUUCCGGGGCCGCCAGUGGCUGGUGGGCAGCUGUGAGAUCACCAACUGGCUGACCUACAGCGGCACCCAGAGGGUGGGCUCCCUCUACCCCAUCAAGCAGCGCCGGGCUUAUUUCCGCCUCUGGAAUGUGGCACUAGGGGGAUUCUUAGCAGUGCCAGACCAUGUGGAGGACAUGAAGGCGGGCCGUGUGGUGGUCUCCAGGCCCCAGGCAGGAGGCAGCUGCAUAUGGUACUACGAGGAUGGGCUGCUGAAGAACCAGGUGGCCCCCACCAUGAGUCUGCAGGUGAUCGGAUCCCCCAGCCCAGGAUCCAAGGUGGUGCUGUGGGCUGAGAGUCGCCUCCCGCGCCAGACGUGGAGCAUCAAUGAAUCGGGCCACAUCUGCAGCCAGAUGUUCGAAGGCCAGAUCCUGGACGUGAAGGGUGGCCGGGGCUACGACCGAGACCACGUGGUGCUGUGGGAGCUGGCCGAGGACAGGGAAUCCCAGAUCUGGACCAUACACGUGCUUUGA